CCGGCGGGGUCCGUGGUGCGGGAUCGGGGUUGCAGGCUAUGGCGCCGAAGGUUUUUCGUCAGUACUGGGAUAUCCCCGAUGGCACUGAUUGCCACCGCAAAGCCUACAGCACCACCAGUAUUGCCAGCGUCGCUGGCCUGACCGCUGCUGCCUACAGAGUCACACUCAAUCCUCCGGGCACCUUCCUUGAAGGAGUGGCUAAGGUCGGACAAUACACGUUCACUGCAGACGCUGGCAGUGAGCGCCCAAGAGGCUCCUGCUGUGCCCGUCUCGAGGCCAUUGCUCUUCCCGUCUACCCCGCAGCUGCUGUCGGGGCUGUGUUUGGCCUCACCACCUGCAUCAGCGCCCAGGUCCGCGAGAAGCCCGACGACCCCCUGAACUACUUCCUCGGUGGCUGCGCCGGAGGCCUGACUCUGGGAGCACGCACGCACAACUACGGGAUCGGCGCCGCCGCCUGUGUGUACUUGGGCAUAGCGGCCUCCCUGGUCAAGAUGGGCCAGCUGGAGGGCUGGGAGGUGUUUGUAAAACCCAAGGUGUGAGCCCUGUGCCUGCCGGGACCUCCAGCCUGCAGAAUGCGUCCAGAAAUAAAUUCUGUGUCUAUGUGUG